UCGAACCCAGGACCUUCUUGCUGCGACGGAGGAGGCAUCCCUGCGAGUGCUCGAGGAUUUGAUGACUGAAUUCUUCCACAGCUGCACCACCAAUGAACGCAAGAGGGAGAUCGAGGAAUUGCUAAACAGUUUUGCUGCACAGCCAGGGUCAUGGAGACACUGCUUAUACUUCCUGUCCAACAGCAGGAAUGAGUAUGUCAUGAUGUUCAGCCUCACUGUGUUUGAGAACCUGGUCAAUAAGAUGUGGGUGGGCGUGGCCAGCGAGGACAAGGUGGAGCUUCGCAGCUGCCUGCCCAAGCUGUUACUGUCCCAACAUGCAUUGCUGCCAUUCUUCAUCAGGAAUAAACUGUGUAAAGUAAUAGUGGACAUCGGACGACAAGAUUGGCCAAUGUUCUACCACGACUUCUUCAGCAAUACUCUGCAGCUCGUGCAGUCCCCUGCGUUAGCUCCUUUGGGCUUGGUGUUGUUGAAGAUGACGUCUGAGGAGCUGGUGUGUCCACGGGAAGACCUGAGUGUUGCCAGGAAAGAAGAGCUCAGAAAACUCCUAUUGGAGCAGAUUCCCACUGUAUUGAACCUGCUGACUCGUAUUCUGGAGACAGUGUGGGAUAAACACAGCGUCACGGUUACCACUCCACCUCCAUCUCCAACAUCUCGAGAGAAUGGUGAGUUUGUGCUUCAGUGCUCUGUGUGAAGUCCUUCCUCUACUUUAUUAAAUGACCCCGUGCUGUUGGAUGCUGACAGUGCUGCGCUCUGCUGUCUGGUGCUGGAGUGUCUGGCUCAUCUCUUCAGUUGGAUUCCUCUGUCCUCCUCCAUCACUCCAUCUCUCCUCGCAUCCAUCUUCCACUUCGCUCGCUUCGGCUGCCAGCUGCCCGUCAAAGCCAAGCCCCUCCCCAACUCAAACAGAGACUCUCUUCCCAGUACCCUCCUGCCCAAUGGCAGCGCUGGUCAGGAGCGCUCGGGGCAACCGAUUGGUCAGGUGGAUCGCGCUCGAUUGGGAGUUUUGGCGAUGAACUGCAUCAAUGAGCUGAUGUGUAAAAACUGUGUUCCCCUCGACUUUGAGGAAUUCCUGCUCCGCAUGUUCCAGCAAACAUUCUACCUGCUUCAGAAGCUCACACACACCAACAUGCACACACACAACAUACACACACACACACACACCGUCAAGAACCGACUGCAGGAAUUAGAUGAGAGCUACGUAGAGAAGUUUACAGAUUUUUUGAGGUUGUUUGUUAGUGUCCACCUGAGACGAAUUGAAUCCAACGAUCAGUUUCCACUGGUGGAAUUUUUAGCUCUUCUCUUCAAAUACACCUUUAACCAGCCAACUCAUGAGGGCUACCUGGCCUGCCUGGACAUCUGGAACAUAUUCCUGGAUUACCUGACGACCAAGAUUAAGAGUCGCCUGGCCGACAGAGAUAGUGUCUUAAACAGGUAUAAAGAUGCGUUGGUGCUGUUGCUCAGGGAGGUGUUGAACAGAAUCCAGUUCAGAUUAAAUCAGAGUCAACUGGAAGAGCUGGAUGAUGAGACACUGGAUGAUGACCAACAGACAGAGUGGCAGCGAUACCUUCGUCAGAGUCUCGAGGUGGUUGCCAAGGUGAUGGAGCUGCUCCCGUCUGAAACAUUCUCCAUUUUGUUUCCUGUUCUACAAGAAGACUUGGAUGUGUACUUGGGUCUGCAACAGUUUACUGUUACGACAGGAACUAGUCGUAGGUUAAACAUCACUGCAGAGGCAGACUGUAGGAGACUUCACUGUGCCCUGAGGGACCUGAGCUCUCUGCUACAGGCUGUCGGUCGCCUGGCGGAGUUUUUCACAGGGGAAGUUUUCACGGCUCGAUUUACAGAUGCCUUGGCUAUAGUACAGAGGUUGGUUGAGGUCACAUGCUAUGGCUCCCAGAUCAGCCUGUAUGAUGUAGAAAUGGCUGUACCUUCUGUUCUCAAACCGGACCUCAUCGAUGUACAUGCCCAGUCCCUGGCUGCGUUGCAAGCGUAUUCUCAUUGGCUGGCUCAAUUCUGCAAUGAAGUACAACGUCAGCAAGACCAAACACGAUUUGUCAGCCUGGUCACAUCCAGCAUGGCAGCGACCACACCCCUGAUCAGUGCCAAGGUCCCAGAGAAGCUGCUUUUGUCAGCGUGUCAUCUCCUAGUCUCCAUGGCAACCACAGUGCGUCCAGUGUUUCUGGUCUCUCUACCGGCGGUGCAAAAUCUUUUUAACCUGAUCACAGAGAAUCACAACCACUCCUUGCCUCAGGAGGGACGUGUGUUGCUAUGCAGAGCUCUGUCAAACAUGAUGUUGUUGCCAUGGCCCAACCUACCAGAGGCAGAGCAACAGUGGCCCAGUCGUUCAGCCAAUCACGCACGACUCAUCAGCACACUUACACAGCAGUACCGCCUCCUGCCACGCCCACCGGCACCCCACCCUAACAGUAAAGCAGUGAUUCAGGACACUCUGCGUGUGCUGACAGACCUGGUGGACAGCAUCUCAGGUGAAGCUACUAAAUCUCGUCAGAUCUGCUACCAGAGUCUACAGGAGUCAGUGCAGGUCACCCUAGCACUGUUUCCUUUGUUCAUUGCUCAGUCAGACAUAACUGAUGAGAUGCUGAGUUUUUUCCUGACGCUUUUCCAGGCUUUACGUGUUCAGAUGGGCGUGGCCUUCACAGAGCAGAUCAUACAGACCUUUCUCAGCAUGUUCACCAGGGAACAGCUAGCCAUAAGCAUCCUGCAGGAGGGCAGUGCUGGGUCAAAAGUCGUUCAGAAGUUCUUGAAGAUUCUGCAGGUGGUUGUUCAGGAGCCUGGGCAGGCCUUCAAACCUCUCUUACCCAGUAUUAUCAGCCUGUGCAUGGAACAAGUCUACCCCAUUAUCGCAGAGCGCUCAAGUCCAGACGUGAAGGCAGAAGUGUUUGAGCUGCUGUUCCAGAUUCUGCAUCAUAACUGGAGAUUUUUCUUUAAGAGUUCAGUUCUUAGCAGUGUGCACAGAACCGCAGCGGAGGAGCAUAUGGAGAACCAGGCCCACUUUGCUGCUGCCAUGCAGGCAUUUGGCCAAUCAUUCCUGCAGCCUGAUAUCCACAUCUUCAAACAGAACCUUAGUUAUCUGGAAAUCCUCAACACCAAACACAAACUGUAUCACAAGAAGCUGUUCCGGAGUUCUAUGCUGUUUCAUUUCAUAAACGUUCUGCUUCAAGUUCUGCUGCACAAAGGUCAUGACCUCUUGCAGGACGACAUCACCCUUGCCCUCUACAACAUGGCCGCUGUUGAUUUUUCAGCGUUCUACUCCUCUUUCCUUCCCGAGUUCCUCAAUGGCUGUCAGGGCCUCGAUUCCCACCAACGGACGACACUCGCACGCAACUUCACCCCAGAGAGGGACCUGCCAUCAUUCUGUCAGGGAAUUUAUCGCCUUGUGAACGACUUGCGUUUUUAUAGACUGUGUAAUGGCAGCCUGCCGCAGGGGACACUGAAACUAUAGCAACGGGGACUGCCCACCACACCAGGAGCCAAUCCUCAGUCAGCGAGGACAAAGGCUGCUUUUUCUAUGAUCACAUCAUGCCCCCUAGCUGGGCUCUAGCCUAUGACCUCUCUAUGGAGGCGUGUCUCUUGGGCCCUCUCUUUGUGGGUUUGUUGUGACUGGUGGAGAGUCAUACAUGGCCAAAAUGAACUGAGGCACUUGGAGCUUCUCUGAAGUGACUUCACUGGUUUAGAUGGUCUGGUGUUGUUCAGAGUGGUGGUUUAAAUGGACUGAUAUGUGUCAGAGUACUAGUGUGACUGGUUUUAAUAGAUUUGCAAAUAUCAAAGCGCUGGAUUUUUUUCUCUUUUUCUCUGAUUUUGGCGCCCUCAUCUCCAUGGA